AUGGACCCCAAAUCCCACCAAGCUAACCAUGAGAAUGAGGUCUUUGAUGACACCAGCCCCUUCGAGGCUAACCACAACUUGGAGAAGCCUCCCUCUAGUCAGGAUGACAAGCAAGAGCAUCUCGAGCACGCGGGCGACGGCGAUGCGCGGGCCGAUUUUUGCUUCACAACCUCCAAGGCUUUGGCAAUCUCGGGUUUGGCGGUAGCAUUCUUGGCCGACGCUUUCGCUCUGGUCCUUUCUUCCCAAAUGGCGGCGAGGAUCAACCAAAUCUAUGGCCCGAACAGGUUCUACAUCCUCACUGGCAGUAUCAUUCCUAUCGUGGCCACGCCGGCCGCCCCAGUGGUGGGAUAUAUCAGUGACAUCUUCGGACGACGGAGAUUCCUGCUUGCCGGUGUUUUAUUGGCCGCCAUCGGUAACGUGACGACGGCCAAUGUCAAUGGCAUUGACCAAAUCUUCGGCACAGAGAUCAUCACAUGCAUCGGAAUCUUGUUCAAACAAGUGGUGAUUGCCUCGCUUGCGGAGAUUGUGCCACGGUCCUCCCGCCCCUUCGCCUUUGGAUGUCUGUGGGCGUCUUCAGCUCCUGCACAGGCGUUUGGGCCUAUCAUAGCCCGAACGUGCCCGGAAUGUGGACAUGUCGGAUCGCUGACGGGUCAUCAAACGUCUACAGCGGCCAGCAUCACCCUGCACCAAUCGUGGAGGGUGGCCUUCUGGAUUCCUUUCGCGUUGAACCUCCUGGCAUUGGUCCUCAUAUUUUUCUGGUACCAUCCACUCGACCAGCACGUGAAAGAGAAAGGCAAGACAAGAUGGCAGCAGCUGUUAAGCCUUGAUUGGAUCGGGUGCUCGCUCAUCGCAUUCGGCGCCCAGCUCGCCUUGGUGGGAGCCGCCUUCGGCCUCUUCAUCUAUCCUUGGGGAAAUGCAAAGACUCUGGGUCCCCUCGUUGUGGGUAUCGUCAUGAUCGUGUCCAUCAUUCCAUUCGAGUAUUUCAUGCGGCUUCGACUCCCAUAUCCAAUGUAUCCCAGGUCAAUCUUCCGCCAGUUUCGUAGGUAUACUCUGUUCCUGGCACCCAGUCUCCUGUGUGCGUUAGUGGCAUCCUCCACGUCGGUCAUCUGGCCUCAGCAAGUUCAGCUCCUGUACACCAAGGACACGUUAAAGGCCGGCUGGUUCGCUUCGGCCCCUCAGAUCACAGGCGUAUUUCUAGCUCCCAUCUAUGGUCGGGUCUUGCAGAGGCUCGGGCGAUAUUCCAACUGGUUGAUGAUGGGUCUAUGCGUCUUGCUCACUCUGUUUGCCGCCCUACAAGCCAUUGUCUCCGAGGGAUCUUUGGCGGCGUCCACUGUGCUGGCGUGCCUGGUCAACGCCUCUUACUCUGGCUUACUGGUGGGCUUCACCUCGGUCUUCCAGUUCGUGCCACACCACUACCUGGGCACCUCGGUCAUGACGCAUUUCUUCCUGCGUGCGAUUGGCAACUUCGCGGGCUCGCUGGUCUACUCCCUUGUCUUGACCAACAAGCUCAAGGACUACGUGGUGUCUGAGGUGGCAAUUCCAUUGGCCCACUUGGGCGUCGAUCCGAGCUUGAUUCCUGUGGUGCUGGAAGCGCUCACGACGGGCGCGGCCACGAACCCCGUGUUGUCCAAGCUGUCACCGCAAGCCCUUCAAAUCGCCAUCUUGGGAGUCAAAACCGCUUUUAUCAAGUCCUUCAAGAUUGUCUACUACUCGACACUAUCAUUCGGUCUCGUAUCCACGAUUCUGAUUGCUUUCACCACAGAUUCCGGCCCUCAGUUGCAGCCGAUAGUGGAUAUACGAAUCGUCGAGGGCGGUCAUUUCAAUGUCAAGUACGAUACUGGAAAGGGGACCAUCAUUGACGACCGGCCGUGGGUCUCAUGA